UUUUAUUAUGAUUUUUGUUUUGUAGAUAUGAUGGGCACUAUGUUUAAUGAUAGAGAGGGUCGUGUUAUACUUAACGAGGGCACUUCUAAUGCAGAGGAUUGUCGUGUUAGGCCAACUGCGUCUGCACGGGCACAACGACGACGAGUACAGCGGCAACAUAAAGAAUCCCAACCCGAAGCCCAACAUGAAGCCCAAUCAGCUGACAUAGAUGAACCUCCACAGGAUAGUGGAUAUCCUAGUGGUCAGGUUGAUAGUUCUGUCCUUAGGACAUUAGGCGAUCAUGUGGCGACUCGACUCUGGAAUGGCGUGGAUCGCGGAGAAUUAAGGAUGUUUAGCAACGAGAAAAAAUUAAAAGAAGUUGUUAUUGAACACGAAGAGGUUGAGCAACUGGUUAAAAGCUUGGGACUAUAGUCUUUGCUAAAAUAAUGCAGCUACAAA